CUCCAGCGUCCAGACACCGUCUGCUCGCCGCUGAAAGGAGAAGUCGCGCGCAGAGGAGCCAUCCCGGAUAGCGCUACUGGUGACACGUCACGGUUAACGGUGUGUGAGAAAGAACGUGGACUUCGCCUCGCUCCAUCGAAGACCUAGUGAGAAAAAGAAAGAAAAGAUGGCCAUUUCGAUGGGGAUCCGUGGUGCACUUUUCUGUCUCUUUUGUCUGUUCGCUGUGAUCAAAGCUCAAGAGGCAGAAGGAACUACAACUGCAAAUCCAAUUGUGAAUGCAGAUCAGCCGGGCGAUACACAGGGCAGCGUGGAAAGCACAGCUGGUGUCCCACAAACUACUACCAGUGCGGCAGAGACGACCACUGUUAUGCAGACCACCACUAUGGCACCAACUGAAAAGAAGACAGAAGCAACUACUAAGAUGUCAACAACGACAGCGGAGACGACGACGACGACAUUGGCGCCAAAGCCAGACGAAGACGGCACGAAGAUUAUUCCGCCUGCAGACAGUCAAGUGAUGCAAAACGAAACAUCGACCAGCACGACACAGAAGCCAGAGACUACAACCAAGGGAUCAGCCGGAAGCUUCACGAUUUCUGUGGCGACGCUCGUGAUGGGGGUUUGCCUCGCCGCCUUCUAAUCAAUCAACAAGCAAGGGAAGAGGCCGUUCACGUAAAGUCAGGGACCAAUUUGGCAAAUCGAAGAAGAUCCAGUCGAAACCACCGGCAAGACUGUUUCCGUGCAGUGAUAUGAUGUUCGGACUACAAGUUACCACACAAGGCCCACGCGUCCAACUCGCUAUAUCACAAUGAACUCUUGACUAGUUCAACAUAGCUAAGGGCAUGACUAUUUGUUCUAUAACAUAUCAUAGAUUAGACUUUGAGUUUCUUGACGUUCUAACUUCCUGAUAGAGUAGAGUCCAAAAAGGUUUGUUGCAUUAAAAGGGUGCAUGUAUAAUUGUUGCGUUUUUUGCACAAGGAUGCCCAUGAACUGUCAAGGGUAACGUCGUUGGCUAUUCUUCGAUUACUUCCUUGCAAUGCAUCGUUGUUCAUAUGUAGUACAAACUAUGCGUAUUUUAUACCAUUGUCGUGGUUCAAACCGCCACAUAAAGUGUAACCUUGGCAAAGUGUAUCCCCUCUAGUCUCUCGGUAUACCCCCUAUGUCUCUGUGCGGUAAUCGCUAUUUUUCUUUUUCGCCUGUUUCACCGUUACCACAAUGUUUCCAUGUAAAUAUUCUUGAAAGUGAGCGCUUUUCACAAUGGUUCAAUUGUAUGGUGUUUACGUUGUCCCAAUUCGAACGAGGCAGGAAUGUUCUUCACGGAAGAUACAAUAUAAGCAGGGUUGAAAAGUAUAUGGUGGUGGUGAAGACGAAAACUGCUCGCCGUGGCCACGCUGGAAAAGUAUAUGAAUGAUGGUGAGGGCGCAGGCUAGCUGGUGAAAAGUAUAAUCGAAUAACCUUGCGCAAGAAAGUCGACUUGUGCAACCUAUAAAUGUGUUGCAACUUACGAAACGUGUUACGAUUACAACUUAAAUGUGUAACUGCGUCGGGAACGUAGUUACUUUCGGUUCGUACCGAUCUGCAUCUUGCACCAGUUAUUGGAGUAAUUAUAAGUCGUGCUCCUCGUGAAGACAGACACGCACUAACAUAGAUGGCUUCGUUUUGCAACUGUCGGUGUCGUGUAUUAUACACGUGCAUAGUUCUAUUGCUUAUUAUUCUUUAUAAUAUCACAAUCCUUGGAUACAUUGUAAGUUAAUGAGUUUGUCAAAACAUAUUUGUGUGAAUAAAGACAUUGUGAAGCGAGA